GUUUCUCUCGCUUUCCUUCGAACGUCUCGUACUGUUGAGAAAUACAGGAGGAGAAGGAGCUGUCAAACUUACAAGUAAAGAUAAGUCCUUCAGUUGACGCCACCUCACAGUUUUAAUGUAAAGUUAGUUGGAUUUUAUGCAUAAUUAGUAUGGACUGACACGUUUUCAUACAUUCGGUGGGGAAGAAUGAAGACGAGUUUAACAAAUACCAUGGCUACACUGUUACAAAUCUGGAUCAUUUUCACCUCUUUGGUCUCCUAUGCGUUGCCGGAAAAGAAAGUGUGCCAGGGCGUCACUAACCGGUUCAGCCUGCUUGGGUCAAAAGAGGACCACUACCUGAACAUGGUCAAGACCUACAGCAACUGCACCGUGGUCCUGGAGAACCUGGAGGUCACAUACAUGGAGGACGACCAUGAUCUGUCUUUCCUCAGGUCCAUCCAGGAGGUGGGUGGCUACGUUCUGAUCGCCCUCAACACAGCCAACAGGAUUCCCCUAGACAACCUGCGCAUCAUCCGAGGCCACACUCUCUAUGACAGUGGCUUUGCCCUGGCUGUGGUGCUGAACUAUAACAAGUCCAUGCGAGCAGGCACCACUGAGCUGCCUCUGACCAGCCUCACAGAGAUCCUGAAAGGAGGAGUGAAGUUCUCAGACAACCAGCUUUGUAACGUGGAGACCAUCCAGUGGUUGGACAUUGUAAACAGUAACAGCAAACCCAACAUGCAGUUACCUGAACCCAGCAACAAUCGGUUCUGUAAAAGAUGUGAUCCUGGAUGCUUCAAUGGUUCCUGUUGGGCGCCCGGCCCAGAACACUGCCAGACGUUGACGAAGCUGAACUGUGCCCAGCAGUGCUCUAAGAGGUGUAAGGGUCCGUCCCCCAUCGACUGCUGCAACGAACACUGUGCUGCAGGCUGCACUGGACCCAGACCUACAGACUGUCUGGCCUGCCGUGACUUUCAGGAUGAUGGGAUGUGUAAAGACUCGUGUCCCCGCCUCCUGCUCUACGACCGUAACCUUCACCAAUUGGUCAACAACCCAGACGGGAAGUACAACUUUGGGGCCACCUGCGUCAAGACUUGUCCUCAUAACUAUGUGGUGACGGACCAUGGAGCGUGCGUUCGGACAUGCAGUGGUGACACAUACGAGGUGGACGAGGGAGGGGUCAGGAAGUGCAAGAAGUGUGAUGGACUGUGCCCCAAAGUUUGCAAUGGACUUGGAAUGGGAAAACUUGCCAAUAUUCUGUCAAUUAAUGCCACCAACAUUGACACAUUUAAAAACUGUACCAAAAUCAAUGGGAACAUUGCUAUUAUCUACACAUCUAUCCAUGGGGACACGUUCACCAAAGCACCUAAGAUGGAUCCGGCCAAGCUAGAAGUUUUCAAGACAGUUAGAGAAAUUACCGGGUACUUGCUGAUUCAGAACUGGCCUGAGAACAUGACGUCCCUCAGUCCAUUUGAGAACCUGGAGAUCAUCCGUGGACGGACCAAGCGUGUUCUGUUGAGCUUGGCCAUAACCCAGUUAACCAUCACCCACCUGGGGCUGCGUAACCUGAAGGAGAUCAGUGACGGAGACGUGGUCAUUGCAAAAAACCCCAACCUCUGCUACACCAAGAAUCACCACUGGAAGGAGUUGUUCAAGUCCGACACUCAGACCGCCCGGCUGGAGAACAACGCCGACGCAGCCGACUGCGGGAUGCAGAACAGCACGUGUGACAGGAUGUGUACCAGAGAUGGCUGCUGGGGUCCUGGACCUACCAUGUGUUUCGCCUGUCAGGACUACAGCCGAGCAGGAAGCUGUGUCGACUCCUGCAACCUACUGGAGGGGGAGCCACGGGAGACUGAAGUGAAUAAGACGUGUUGGGAGUGUCACCUUGAGUGUCAGCUCCUCAAUGGGACCCAGACCUGCUCUGGACCAGGUCAUGAGCAGUGUACCCGGUGUGCCAACUUCAAAGAUGGAGACAACUGUGUCCCGUGGUGCCCUAGAGGGGUGGCUGGGGGCAAGAACACCUUCAUCUGGAAAUAUGCAGAUAAGAUGAAGGUGUGCCAGCUGUGCCACCAGAACUGUACCGAGGGAUGUACUGGUCCUGGUCUGAAAGGCUGUCAGUCUAAAGGUAACUCUGGGCUGUCAGUGAUUGCAGCUGGUGUGGUGGGCGGGAUGCUGGCCUUUCUCAUCAUGGGCCUGUCCGUCUUCGUGUUGCUAAGACGACGCCACAUCAAGAAGAAGAGGACCCUGCGAAGACUCCUCCAGGAGAGAGAGUUAGUUGAACCGCUGACCCCCAGUGGGGAGGCGCCCAACCAGGCUCUGCUCCGUAUCCUGAAGGAGACAGAGUUUAAGAAAAUCAAAGUUUUGGGAUCAGGGGCCUUCGGCACUGUCUACAAGGGUCUGUGGGUCCCUGAAGGAGAGGAUGUGAAGAUCUCUGUGGCCAUCAAGGUUUUAAGAGAGGCCACAUCACCUAAAGCCAACAAGGAGAUAUUGGACGAGGCCUAUGUGAUGGCCGGUGUGGACCACCCCCAUGUUUGUCGUCUGCUGGGCAUCUGCCUGACCUCUACAGUCCAGCUGGUCACCCAGCUCAUGCCCUAUGGCUGUCUGCUGGACUAUGUCAAGGAGAACAAGGACAACAUCGGGUCCCAGUACCUUCUCAACUGGUGUGUACAGAUAGCCAAGGGGAUGAGCUACCUGGAGGAGCAUCACCUGGUGCAUCGUGACCUGGCAGCGAGGAACGUCCUGGUGAAGACCCCUCAGCAUGUCAAGAUCACUGACUUCGGCCUGGCCAAACUCCUCAACUCUGACGAGAAGGAGUACCACGCAGAUGGAGGAAAGGUACCAAUCAAAUGGAUGGCACUGGAGUCCAUCCUCUACCGGACAUAUACACAUCAAAGUGACGUGUGGAGCUAUGGUGUGACCGCGUGGGAGCUGAUGACAUUUGGGACCAAGCCCUAUGACGGCAUCCCAGCCAGUGAGGUAGCAGGGGUGCUAGAGAAAGGCGAGCGGCUCCCCCAGCCUCCCAUCUGUACCAUAGACGUCUACAUGAUCAUGGUCAAAUGUUGGAUGAUCGACGCAGACAGCAGGCCUCGUUUCCGGGAGCUGAUAGCUGAGUUUUCCAAGAUGGCGCGGGAUCCCCCACGUUACCUUGUCAUCCAGGGUGACGACCGGAUGCACCUCCCCAGCCCCAGUGACACCAAGUUCUACCACAGUCUGAUCAGUGGAGAGGACAUGGAAGAUGCUGUGGACGCAGAUGAGUACCUAGUGCCUCAGCACGGCUUCUUCAGUAGCUCCAGUACCUCCCGCACACAGCUCCUACACUCUACGAGCCAGAACAGCACGUUGAACAGCAGCAUUGGAAUGUGCCACAGCAGAAAUGGGAACGGGUUCCCAGUCAGAGAAGGAAGCAUGGUUCUCCGGUACAUUGCUGACCCCACAGAUAGGUUCUUGGACCACGCCUUCCAGCCAUCUCCAGACUACAUUAACCAGAACGGAGUUUCGGACAUGAUGAACCCUGUAUACCAGCACCCUGGUCCCCCUCGCACCCUCCUCCCCACCAUAUCCUCAGAUGAAACAGAGGCAGAGUACCUGAACUGCUAUAAGAACGGGGCAGUGGGGCCUGAGUACCUCAACACCCUCCAGCCUUCCCUCCUCUCCCCCACCACCUCCAAUGGCAUCUCCAAUGGCCUCAACCCCACUGCUAACGGCCAUUCCCCCACCUCCAAUGGCCUCUCCCCAAUUUCCAAUGGUGGUCUCCACCACGUCCAGAAAAAACAGCCCCAAAACAGUAUAGAUAACCCAGACUACCAGCAGGACUUCACCCCCUCCAUCAAGACCCACAUCCCAGCCGCAGAGAACGCAGAGUACGUGGGCCCAAACUGAGUUCUGUUACCCCCCUACUCCCACUGGGGAGGGAACAAGACACCAGGGAAUAAGGCUCUCUAUCCUACUGAGAGAAGACAUGAGGUCUUUGUUGAGGAGGGGUAGCGGUACCAUGGAUUGUAUUGUACUUUGCAUUGUAUUUAUCCCUGCCUAAAGAAGCCAGAAGAGAGAUAAGUGCAGCUUUCCAUUUUGUUUCACCAGUUGUAGUAUUGUAUAGUACUAUGAAACUCUUCCAUUUCAAACUGUGUCUGAACAGAUAGAGAUGUGAUAGGAAUUAGGCUCUGGGUGUAUUCUACUCCAUUGUGUUCAAAAGACCAAGAGAAAACCUUAGGCCUAUAAGAUACUGUAGCCCCUAUCAGAAACCCAUAAGAGAUGUCUUGUUGCACAAUGAAAAGUUGUGAUCAGAAUGUAUAAGUGGAGAAACACUAUUACUAGACAAGAGUGUAACCUUCAAUCCUUGAUGUCAGAUGCUCCAGAAAUACUAUUAUAUGUGGCAGCUCACCCUUUUCUUGCCAACACAAACAGUACUUAAAGAUGUCACUCAUACUGGAUUGGUGUAUUGAGUAUAUAGUAUUAUUGGGUAUUUACCUUCCACGGCUUAAGGGCUUGAAACUGUUAGAACAACAGUUAGAUGUCUCGGCUCUUCUGUGUGUGGAACCUGCAGUUUGAGACCCACUGGAGUCAAAUGUUGCUGUGUCAGAAGUGGGAAGGGGGAGGCUCUCUUCACUGAUGGUGGCUGGACCAUGGUUCAUUGAUGAACUUCUGAAUCAUGACGGCACUCUUUCUGAAGGAAGUUUUUCUUGAGGACACAACAAUGCCAAAUGUUGCUGUUGAUGACUCUGCUGAAGGCUCAUACACUGAGGUCAGGAACCUGCUAGUUUUCUGUUCUACCUGAUAAUUCAUUGCAUCAACCUGGUGUCCCUGGUCUAAAUCAGUCUCUGAUUAUAGGGGAAUAAUGAAAAAUUGCAGUGAAACUGGCUUUGAGGUCCAGAUUUUAAUUUGAGGGCUCUAUAGCCUUUAUUAUAUGACCAGAUGGGAGACACACUGACCCCUGUUGGUGCCCCAGUGUAAAAGUAUCAAUAUUAGUAUAUCUAUGUUGUUGCUUAUUGUCUUGAACAGUUGGGUCUUUAGUUCUGACACUACAUCUGUAAAUCUUCUAACCGUUUUGAAGGAAUAUAUGAAUUAGUUACUUGCCUUCUGAGAGCCUGCUGUUUGACAGAGGUACAUAUACAGAUCAUUUGUAUUUUACUAGGACAAAUCCUUAUUUACAAUGACAGCCUACCCCGGCCAAACCCUAACAGCACUGGACCAAUUGUGCGCCGCCUUAUGGGACUCCCGAUCACAGCUGGUUGUGAUAUAGCCUGGAAUUGAAUCAGGUCUAUAAUGACGCCUCUAACAUUGAGAUGUCGUACCUUAGACCGCUGCGCCAAUCCGGAGCCCCAAGAUAAAUGUGAGAUUAUACGUGUAUAAUAUACUCAAUAUGGUCACCUAUAAAUUAUCCUAUCAACAUUCCUCAUCUAAAUGGUCUUGUCCCAUUAUAUAUAAAUAUACACUUAUUAAUGAACUAAUUAUUUAAUUUCAAAGUGAAAAUGAAUAAACCGUUGUUUUCUUUAAAGACAUUUACACUGUUCAACAGCAAAUCUGAGUGUUUUUCAACCUGUUUUAUUAAAAUGAACAUAAGAUUAAAGGCUCUCUUGUUAAAAAACUA